AUGAACAAUCCCGGAACUGCCGAUUUCCUGUGCGGCCUCGAAGGCACUGACGUCACUCUUGAACCACCAUCCGAGCCAGGCCUUCAUCUGCCUCGUCAACCCUGGGUGAUCGAAAAGAAGCUCUCUGAACGAGCAUCUUGGAUGACGCAGGAGGAAGUUACCGACGGCCUUGGAAUUCCGUACGCAGCUGCUAAAUUUCUCUGCCAUCGCAAGGAAAACCCGAGCAAGAAGGCUUUUAUGCGGAUUUAUCUUCAAAUUCCUGUCAUUGGCACUCAAUAUCAGAGACAUCAUAUUCAACGAAAGCAGGCUUCCAAGCCACGGCCGCACACUGAGUUGACGACCUUGAAAGAGCUUAAGAAAUUCGAAUGCGAUGUUGUCCCUGACCUCCUUGCUUACCAAGAGGGAAAGCAAGAUGAAGAUAGUGUCAUUCCAGGGGACCCAGAGGAUUUCUGGGAGCUAGAUCUUGAGUCACGCCAAGCGAUCCGCGAUAAAUUUCGUGAAGCCUAUCCAAAGCUGCAGAAGCAUGGUUACCUCCCGUGUAUGCCAGCCAUGUCCAAGAUCAUCUAUGACAAGGUCACCGGGAAUAUGCAUUUCUCAGGGUUUUCACGCGCAGACCGUUCUGAUACAAACAAAGAGUGGCAUGAGAAGUACUACGUUCUGUUUCGUUUGGCCAAGCCACCGAAGACGACUGACUGGGUCAAGGAUCCCAAAGGCUGGACUUGGUGA